AUGCAAGAGGAAAUUUUGGAUUUCUUCCGAAAUCCUUUUGUCAUUUUUUCAAUGACAUUCAUGCUGACAUUCUGUGUAGUGAAUGGUUCUCAACAAAUUGGGGAUGUUGUAGAGAUGGAGUUUCAUGCUUAUCGUCUUAAUCAAUAUGAAAUCAGUGGUAAUAUUUAUGGAAGCAAAAACUAUCGGGUUGCAUACGAAGCUGUCUCUUUAAAUUCUCGAACUCUUAGAAGAUGUAUGGUGACAACUUGGAGAGAACUUUUGACAUUAGAUGUUGAUGAUAUGUGGCAGCUUUCAACUGGAGCUGUUCUUAUUUUCAUUCCAUCUGAUAUUGAAAAAUUGAGCGAUGUUGAUCGUCAGGUAUUUUUUAUUUUUUGAAAUAAUGUUUCAUUAGUUCUGUUUUCAGAAGUUCUUAGAAUUUGAAAAUCGGUUAUCAACUGUUAAAACUGAUUUGUCUGUUUAUGUUGCUCCAACAACUGAAGAUUCAGCUUCAGUUUUGGCAGAUGUUAACAACAAAGAAGACAAAGUUCAAUCGAUUGUUCAACAAUUAAUUCAAUCGAUUGCUGGAAAUACAAUUCAAUUGACAUCAGGAGACAACGACGGUGAAUUAACAGACACUUACAAACCAUCAAAUAUUGUUGGAAGAUUGUCAAGCAAUGAACGCGGUGCUCCAACUAUUGCUUUUGUUGCCCAUUAUGAUUCCUCAUCUGUUAUUCCUGGAUUAUCGGCUGGUUCCGAUUCGAAUGGCUCAGGAAUUGUUGCUCUUCUUGAACUUCUUGCAGUUUUAAGUAAAUUCUACGAUAGACCAACAACUCGACCACCAUUUAAUUUAUUGUUUAUUUGGACCGCAGCUGGAAAAAUGAAUUAUCAAGGAACUCGUCAUUGGAUUGAUGAAUAUCAAAAAGGUUCUGAUGAUGAAAAACUUGAUUUAGCUAUUUGUAUUGAAAGUAUUGGAAGAAAAACUGACGGAUUGUAUAUGCAUGCAUCAAAACAACCAAGCGAAACAUCAGUUGCUGCUAAUAUUUUCCGUCGAAUCAAAGCUAUCGCACCAAACAAGAAAUUCGAUCUUGUCACCAAAAAGAUCAGUUUAACAUCUGUCAGCUCGUGGGAACAUGAAAAGUAAGUAUAAGACUUUCUGAGCUGUUGAUAAUUUCUUUAUGUUUUUCAGAUUCAAUAUUAAACGUAUGCCAUCUGUAACUCUUUCAACCCUUCCUAGUCCAACUGAUAUUGCAAGAAAUAGUAUUUUGGAUAAUGCCUCUCAAAUUGAUGAAGAUGAACUUAUCGAGAAUGUCAGGUACGAAUCAAAAUUCCGGGAAAUCUCAUAAUAAAUUCUCUCAUUUUUUCAGAAUAAUUGCUGAAGCUGUUCUUGGUUAUAUUUUGAAUCUACCAGAAAAUGGACCAUCAACCGAUUCUCGUGUAUCAUCAGAGUCAACAAUGUUAUCAAAAGAAGCUGUUGAUAAACAAAGAAUCCAUCAUUUUAUCAGGUAAACACUUUGAAAUAAUUAUUUUAUUUACUUUUUACUCUAUUUCAGACAAUUUGCUUCAAAACCUCGUCCAGUUGGAGAUAAAUUGGCAACCGAAUCAACAAUUGCGAAUAUUGCAGCUGCUGCUUCUGGAUACUCGAAAGUUUCAAAAUCUGCUGUUACAAUUACUGAUGCAAAAGUCUAUGGUGUUACAAAAAGUAAAUUAGUUGCUGAACGUGUUAAACCAGCCGUAUUUGAACUUGUUAUUUCGGGUGGUGUCAUGGCAUAUCUUGCCGUAUUCUAUUAUAUUGCCAUCAAUGCUCAAAAAUCAAUCGAAGGUACUGUUGUCAAUAUCCGAAAAUCGAUCUUCACUUGAAUUUUACUUCAUUCCGUCAGUUUUAAGUCAUUUUUUAUUGUUUGUUUUUGGUGAAAAAGUAUAUUUUAGGCUAAUAAAUUUUAUUUAUUUAUCCCUUUUUUGUUGCAUCUUUUCAGAAUUCUUCAAAAGUUUCUUUGUCAAAAUUUAAUAAAAUUUGCGCCGAAAUCCACCCAAACUCGAUUUCACUUCUUUUUUUUCGUUGGAGAAGUUCAGCAAUGCUUCACCUCAAAAUUUAUAUUCUUUUAUUUUUUGGAUUUUUUCUCACAUUUUCAGUUGGAAUUUUAAAUAACUUAUUGGUUAAACCGUAUAUUUCAACACUUUGUAAAAAUGAAAAUGAGAAAGAUUGUGUCUCACAACGACAAGCUACAGUACUUUUUAUUAUUUUUUGUUUAAUUCGGAUGAUUUCGAAUAAAUUUGAAGAUUAUUUGGGACUUAAGAUGUGAGUUCUGCUUUUGGAACAAAAAUUAGCCAAAUUAUUUCAAAAUGCUCUAAUUACCCUAAUUUUCCAAAUUGUGUGUUUCCGGAAAAAAAAGUAUUCGAUAAACUCGGGAACUUUUGUUGAAAAAUAAUUUAGCAGGUUUAAUUUAAUUCUAGAAAUGUUUUUGAAAAAGGUUUCCAGAUUUAUUUUGAAUUCAGAUUAAAAUCUAGAUGUUUCUGAAAUUAUGGAUCGACAUUUUUAAAAACUGAAAAUAAAAUUAGAAAAAUAAUUCAGUCCACAAGGGUACAGUAAUCCUCAAUUCUUAUUAAAAAAAACAUACAAAAAUUAUAUUUCAAAUAAAAAAAGAAAAUAUUCCUACAGGAAUCCAAUUUUUUUUUUGAAAAACAGAAUGUUGUCUUGCAAUGUUCGUCAACAAUAUUCUGGUCGACAUUUUGGCGCAGCUUUGGGUUUUCCAUUUUUAACUCGAUCUUUGUCUUCAACAGUCACAAUAUCUUCAGCUCCUUUGUUUUUGCUUAUUGUAUUCACAUCAACUUCAAUUGCUUUUUAUCCCUACGCCAAAGAUUUUGCUAUUCUUUGUCGGUUGGUGGUUUUUUUUCAAAUUUGAAUAAGACAAUCAAGUUUACAGAUUAAUUUAUAAUGCAAUUCAACGUCGUCAUUAUUCACAAAAUCAUCAACUUAUGUUUGCUCUAACUGCUUUAUAUUUCUAUUUUUCAAUAAUUUUCGUAAGUUAUUUCGAUUUCAAAAUUCUUUGUUGUAGUUCAUUUUGUAGAUGGAAUUAUUGGAUGUUUCAUUUGGUAUGUAUUGUGAGAAUCAAAGCUUUUUUGGAUUACCAAUUCUUUUUCCAAAUUUCAAUUUUCCAUUACUUCUUUAUAUAUUUCAUAUUUCAAUUCUUCAUCAUCAUAAAACAAUGCCAGCAAUUGUAUAUGAAGUUAAUCAGGAAAAUUGUUUCAUUCAAUUAAAUCGAAUGAGAUGUAUUACUAAUAAAGAUUGUAUUGAGAUGUAAGUUAUAUUUCUUAAUACGCUAUUUAAUUAUUCAAUUAAUUACAGGUCAAAAGCAUAUCAAUUAGAUGCUCAACCUUCUCGAACAACUACAAUUCAGCGUAGAUUAUUAGAAGGUCGAAUAAUCCAAGUUCGUGAUAUGAAAGAACUUGAAGAUAUUUUGCCUUGUAAAAUAUCAACACAAAUUCGUAAAGUUUCAUUGUCACCAAAACCACAACAACAACAAUUUGCAAUCAAUUUUGAAUAA